AUACAACUGGCUGAUCGAUGGGUGGACACUUCCGGCAGAGAUUAGGUUAGGUAGGUGACCUUUGUCCAGGGCUAGUAUAAAUAGCUGGGGAAUCUUCUGGAUAGGCACAGUUCAACUGAAACACUCAUCAUGCAUUCCUUACGACUUCUGGUCCUCCUCGGUCUUUUACUAGCCACUCAGGGAAGAGUCUUGGAUCAGGAUAAUACGCCUGAGACUGGCUCUUUAGCUGAAGGAACUAAGUCCGUAGAGGUCAAGCAGGAAGAGCCCAAAGGAAACCAGGAAACUCAACCUCAAGAGCUCCCGGCAAAGCCAAUAUCUGAUACUAUCAAACCCGUAAAACAAAAAGUUACCAAAGAAAACCAGGACGCACUCCCUCAGGAGGCUAACUCAAUCAACGCUCAAGUUGUCCAUGAAAGCCAAGAGAAGCAGGUUAACUCCAUUGACUCUAAGGUGGUUCCCUCUGAAGACAUUAAACCCAUAGAGCUUGCACCAGAAAUCGCCAAAGAAAGCCAAGAGGCUCAACCCAUUUCCAAUGAGAUAUCUAAGGAUCAAGAAGUCCAACCCACUUCCAAUGAGAUACCCAAGGAUCAAGAAGUCCAACCCAAACCCAAGGAUCAGGAACUGCCCAAAUCAGAUGGUAACACUCAGGGAAGCCAACCCCAGCUGGUUGACUCUAAGGAAGAUUCUUCUGCUGCCAAGCCCGUAGAAGUUGCACCAAAAGUUGCUCAAGAAAACCAGGAAGCAAAGAUCCCAGAAACCCAACCCACUUCCAAUGAGAUACCCAAGAAUCAGGAGGUUCCCAAAAAAGAAGUAAUCCCUUCUCAUAAACUUUCUAAUGUCCAGGGUCGCGACAACGGGAUCCAGUUGGUGUUCGAACAUCCCGGCCAAAGCCAAUACCAAAACCAGUAUCCCCAGCUCACAGUUCAGGACCUGGACAAGAUCUUCAAGUACCCGGAAGUGCAAUGGGUCAACGGAUCCUCGUCCUCCUCCAACCAGUACCAGAAUCACUACAACAAGUACCAAUCCUAUCCAAAGGUGGAAUUCAUUACCGUCGCGAACUCUACAGCGAAUGCCAAUGUGAACGAGCACGUCCACAACCACACCCACUACUAUACCAACCAGAAGAAGCCCGGAUUUCCGUUUCCCUUCCUGCCCAAUCCCUUCGAGAAACAGGAGCAGCCACAAGUCGUCUAUGUUAACCUGAAUCAGACUACCAACUCCACGGGCAAUGUGACCUACCACACCCACGUCCACGAGGAGAGCAAGCCCUUCCCCUUCCUGCCCAAUCCCUUCACGGACUUCCCCAAGGUUGUGGGCCUCAGCUUGGUGCUCCUCCCGAAUCCAUUCUACAUUAACAAGUAUCAGAAUCAAACUGGUAAUGUGACAUACGAGUACAUUGAAAAGUUCCGUGCCUUUUCGGAGGCAAGCCAGAAGGAGCAGAAACAGCAGCAGCAGCAGCAGCAGUCCCAGAAGCCCAAUUUCUACCUGAUCCCCAAUCCUCUGGCCAAUCAGGUUUCCAAGGAUGGCCAAAAGGUCGAUGGCAAUGUUGUGCUGCCCAUAAAUCUGGCUGCUCUGCCCCUUUUGGUUCCCGCUCCGGAAGUCUUCCACGGAAAGGCAUCCUCGGGAAGCAUCAGUUUCCAGGAUCUGAUCAAGGCCACCAAUGUGCAUGUGAGCCAGCCUCUUAAGCUUCAGGCCAACAAUGGUCUUAGCCAAAUUCAGAAGGAGCAGGCGGCCAUCCAGCAGCUGAUCCUCAGCCAUCUAAGCGAGCAGCAGAAGCUGUUCGAGAAGCAAUCUUCGGGAAGCGGUAAGAGCUCCGAGGCGGCUGAACCAGUUGGAGUCGUCCAGGAGGAGGAGGAGAGCUCUGUUCUUUUUGCCGUGGAGAUCCCGAAACCCAUCUACCGCUUCUUCAAGGGCAUCUUUGGUGGUUUCUCCAAAUGAGAAGCCAGAGGAAGAGCAAACCGACCGAAAGAACCAUCAAGAACUGAGGAAGAACUAAGAUAUAGCACACAUUUAUAUUCACAACUAUUAUUCAAAUAAAGUAAAUUGUAUACCCAACUUAUAAAAA